AUGUCGGACUGGGACGCGAGCAGCGACGAGGAGCUGGGCGCGCCGGACUGGCCGCGGGCCGCUGCUGCUGCCGGGCCGCUGUGCUGGUCGCCCAGCACCCCUUCGUGGGGCCGCGCCUCCGUGGAGGGCGGUGGGCGGCGGGGGAAGGGCACGGGGAAUCCCGGAGGGGAAGGGUGGGAGCCGCGAGGCGCUGAAGGCUCCGGCGGCCCGAGGCGGGCGGCGCGGCAGCGGCCGGCCCGAGCUGCGGCCGGCCAGGCUCGGGACUCUGCGGCGCCGCUCUGCUUCCACCUGGAUAGCGCCCUGGUCGGGGCUCUCAUAGGUAGGGGUGGAGCUAAAAUUAAAGAACUUGAGGAUUCUUCGGGUUCCAGGAUAAAGGUUACAAGAGGAACCUAUGAAUCUGAAGUAAAGAUUUUUGGCAGCAUUGAUGUACAAAACAAAGCCAAGAUGUUGAUUGACAAUCUUAUUACAAGUUCUGGGCAAAACUAUGUUAGAGGUGGGACAGAGAAAGGAAAAACCUUGGACGUUAUCAAGCCUGAAAAUAACCCAAAGAAACCAGUAAUUAACUGGGCCUCUCUUCGAGAAAACAGGGCCAAAUAUGAAUCUAUGAAGUGGGCAGGCUUGCCUCCAAUUGAGAAAAACUUCUACAAAGAAUCACCCAGGACUGCAUCUAUGUCCCAAGAAGAAGUGGAACUGUGGCGGAAAGAAAAUAAUGAUAUAACUUGUGAUGACUUGAAAGAAGGUGAAAAACGCUGCAUUCCCAAUCCCGUUUGUAAAUUUGAAGAUGUAUUUGAGCAUUAUCCUGAUAUUAUGGCCAAUAUAAGAAAAGUUGGUUUUCAAAAGCCUACACCAAUUCAGUCCCAGGCGUGGCCAAUUAUACUCCAAGGAAUUGAUCUUAUUGGUAUAGCGCAGACUGGGACUGGGAAGACAUUGGCAUACUUAAUGCCUGGAUUCAUUCACUUGACUUCACAACCAAUAUCCAAAGAUCAGCGUGGGGGGCCUGGAAUGUUGGUUCUUGCUCCCACUAGAGAACUGGCACUUCAAGUAGAGGCAGAGUGUUCAAAGUAUGCAUACAAAGGAAUUAAAAGUAUUUGCGUCUAUGGUGGUGGGGACCGAAAAGGACAGAUAGACAUGGUUACCAAAGGUGUGGAUAUUGUUAUUGCUACUCCUGGCAGACUGAAUGAUCUUCAAAUGAACAACUUCAUAAAUUUGAAGAGCAUAACAUAUUUGGUUUUAGAUGAGGCUGACAGAAUGCUGGAUAUGGGAUUUGAACCUCAGAUAAUGAAGAUCUUAAUAGAUGUGCGUCCUGACAGACAAACUGUUAUGACAAGUGCUACUUGGCCUGAUGGUGUCCGUCGCCUAGCAAAAUCCUACUUAAAAAAUCCCAUGAUUGUGUAUGUCGGCACUCUUGACUUAGCAGCAGUAAGCACAGUACAACAAAAAGUUAUUGUUAUCCCCGAGGAAGAAAAGAGAGCUUUCAUGCAUAGCUUCAUUAAGUCUAUGAAGCCAAAAGAUAAGGUCAUCAUUUUUGUGGGCAAAAAGCUUACAGUCAUUGCUUUAUUUCACCUUAGAGCCGAUGACUUGGCAAGUGACUUUGGUAUCCAAGGAAUUCCAGUACAGUCACUUCAUGGCAACAGGGAACAAUGUGAUCGAGAACAGGCUUUGGAUGACUUCAAGAAAGGCAAAGUUCGAAUAUUGGUGGCUACUGACUUGGCAUCCCGUGGCCUCGAUGUGCACGAUAUUACUCAUGUUUUCAACUUCGAUUUCCCUCGCAACAUUGAAGAAUAUGUUCACAGAGUAGGUCGCACUGGAAGAGCAGGGCGCUCUGGGGAGGCAGUAACCCUUGUCACGAGCAAUGAUUGGAGGUUUGCGUCCGAGCUGAUUGACAUUCUGGAAAGAGCAAACCAAGUAAGCAUACAUUACUGGGUAGUUCCUGACAAGCUUAUUGCAAUGGCAGAAAGAUACAAACAAUCACAAAUGAGAAAAGAAAUUGAAAAGGAUAUACAAAGACCUUGGAGAAAGCCCUCAAAAUAAG